CAGCUUGGAAACUUCCCAAGCCAAGGGCAUUAUUGGUAUAAACGACCACGUGAUGUCUCGGAACUAUUAAACAGUUUAAUAGACACAAACAAGGCCAUCAUUACUGAGGAAAGAUGUGUGAGAGAUGAGGAACCAGGUGUGAGAGAUGAGGAACCAGGUGUGAGAGAUGAGGAACCAGGUGUGAGAGAUGAGGAACCAGGUGUGAGAGAUGAGGAACCAGGUGUGAGAGGUAAGGAACCAGGUGUGAGAGAUGAGGAACCAGGUGUGAGAGAUGAGGAACCAGGUGUGAGAGAUGAGGAACCAGGUGUGAGAGAUGAGGAACCAGGUGUGAGAGAUGAGGAACCAGGUGUGAGAGAUAAGGAACCAGAUGUGAGAGAUGAGGAACCAGGUGUGAGAGAUGAGGAACCAGGUGUGAGAGAUGAGGAACCAGGUGUGAGAGAUGAGGAACCAGGUGUGAGAGAUGAGGAACCAGGUGUGAGAGGUAAGGAACCAGGUGUGAGAGAUGAGGAACCAGGUGUGAGAGAUGAGGAACCAGGUGUGAGAGGUGAGGAACCAGGUGUGAGAGAUGAGGAACCAGGUGUGAGAGAUGAGGAACCAGGUGUGAGAGAUGAGGAACCAGGUGUGAGAG